AUGGGUCACAUCUCGGCACUGACGGCCUGGCUCAUCCUGGCAGCGGAGGUCGGUGCAGUGUUCAUCAUCCUCACAACAGCACAUGACCCUCUCACGGUCAACGUCGGGUUUUCUAUUCUCGCAGGAAUUACCACCUGGUCGGCCAUCCCUGCGCUUUCGGAGAUCUUUGUCAAGGCUGGACUCAAGGGUAUGGACCUCAGCAAAAGGACCAAGCAUAUCAUUCCCGAGAGUAUGGGAAUGGUGGCGGGUCUGAUCUAUCUGGUCACCAUGUUUAUGUUCAUCCCCUUUCCUUUCAUGAAGUGGUUCACUGCUUCGAACGACGGCGAUCUCCAAGAACUCAAGCUACUCACCUUCCCCAACCUCAAGCUCGCGGAACUGCUGUCGGCACUACUUUCAAUUCAGUCGAUGGUAUUCCUAGGAUUCGCGGACGAUGUGCUUGAUAUUCGCUGGAGGUUCAAGAUGCCUUUACCGGCAAUCGCGUCGAUCCCACUCUUGAUGGUCUAUUGGGUCCACCUCGGUGUCACACAUAUCGUCGUUCCUAUUCCAUUGCGUCCUAUCCUCGGCCAACUGAUCGAUCUCGGCGCACUGUACUACGUAUACAUGGGAAUGGUGGCGAUCUUUUGCACUCACUCAAUCAACAUCAUGGCAGGAAUCAACGGCGUCGAAGUCGGACAAUCCCUCGUUAUCGCCUGCUCAAUCGCCAUCAACGACAUGAUCUUUCUCCAAUCAGCCUCCAGCGGCGCCCCAGCCAUCGAAACCCACCUCUUCUCCCUCUACUUCAUCCUCCCCUUUAUUGGCGUCAGUCUGGGCCUCAUGAUCCACAACUGGUACCCAUCCAAGGUCUUUAUCGGAGACACGUAUUGCUACUUUGCGGGGAUGACGUUUGCGGUUGUGGGUAUCUUGGCUCAUUACAGCAAGACUCUGCUGCUGUUCUUUAUCCCGCAGAUCUUUAAUUUCCUGCUCUCGGCACCACAGCUGUUUCGACUGGUCCCCUGUCCACGCCAUCGUGUGCCUCGUUAUAACCGACAUACGAAUCUCAUGGAACCGAGUCGUGUCGUUCUUGAUGAGGAGGAUGAUCUUGAAGUUGAGUUUUCCAAUACGAAGCAGGAGUCAAAACGUGCCCCCUCUUCCGUCUCCUUGUCCUCAGCAGGAGCAGCAGGAGCCUCGACACAGGAUACCGACGAGCCCCAUACAGAGAGCACUAACCCUCCAACAGCAACACUCCUCCAAAGCCUUCGUCCACUCAAGAAUUCCAACCUCAAGCGAUCAGGCUGGUACUGCGUCAAGAUUCUGGAGGCUCUCGGGUUGACUCAUGUGCGGUACGAUUCCAAGACGGGAAAGCGACCCCUAGAGAUGACUAACUUGACGAUCUUGAACUUGAUCCUGCUCAAGGCUGGACCCAUGUCUGAGAGAAACCUGACCAUCUCCGUCAUGGUCGUCCAGUCCUGCUGCAGUUUGGUAGCCUUCUUCAUCAGGCACCACCUCGUCGCGUUCGUGUAUGAUGUCGUAUAG